AUGGCUCGCAUCACCAUUUACUGCCGCCGCUGCGGCAAGUAUCUCCACGAUUAUGAAGAGAUCCGACAAUGCGCCAGCAGCCGACGCCGCGGCCAAGGACCCCAUCGAGACCUUGGAUCUGAGAAUGUCACUUAUCAGUCGAACUGGACAAACUGCGAUGCAUGUCAAGAGGAGUACGAAGUGUACAUGUAUGCCCGUCGGAAUGGUAUUCCUUAUCUUCAACCCAACCCUCCCUUCAAUUAA